AUUUGUGUGGCAGUACAUAGUGCAUACUAACGGCACGGUCUUGUCCGCCGGCUGCCAGCAGAUGUCAGUGUUGUUGAAUAUGUAUGAGGUGGCGUUCGUGUCUGAGGCGGCGGACAGGCGGUUAUAAUUGGGCGAGACGUCGAUCUGCAGUUUAAAUCUUUCUUUUCUGCCCGUAAAACUCCGGAUAAAAGAUGAAGUCAGCUGUAUUACUCGUUUUCAGUCGGUGUAACAUGGACAAGGGUAUUCACGACCUAAAAUCCUCACACAACAAGGAGCUCUGCUCCAGUUAACGUUAUCUGAACUACAAGCAGGUCCAUUAAUAAGAAGGCGAGAUGCUACUAGGAAGCCUAAUGAUAUGAAAAUGGCUUCGAUUGUUCCUGACGCUUUGUAACUACGUUUAGCCCACCUGUGGCUCUUGUUAAUAAAGUCUGGUGAAUGACAAACACUUGCUGUAGGAGUAAAGGUUCCAGAGGUUGGUCCUCAUCCACCUCCCAGCACACUGACGCAGUGAACGAGGAAGGUAGAGCUCUCCAUGUGUGUCCCUCCUACUCUGGUGUGGACUGAUGUGAAGAGUCGUUGAUUGUGAAGGACUGGUUUCCCCUCAAGGGCUUUAAAGGAUCAUUCCGUUUUUACUGCAAGAUCCCUGAAAAACGCCUAGCUGUGCAUUGGCACCAUGUCUGGAUCACCAGCUGUCCACUGAAGAUGUGAACAACUCGACAAAGAAGGUGAUAGCUGUGUGCCACAUACUAUGACGAACAUGGACUAUCUCCUGAAUGGAACCUGGAAGAACACAACUUUUGGCGUACCUCCACCCUCUCCCUCCUCUUCCUCCUCCUCCUUCAGCGGACUGGACCUUCUGAUGGAACUCAAGCCACUCUUUGUCCCUCUCUACGCAAUGAUAGUGCUAGUGGCAUGCUCUGGAAACCUCUUCCUCCUCUUUCUCAUUGGAAUGAACAGGAAACUCCACAGUACAACCAACUUCUUGAUCGGAAAUUUGGCCCUGGCUGACUUGGUGAUGUGCCUCUUUUGCGUGCCCCUGACCGUCUUUUAUGCCUUUGAUGAACGUGGAUGGGUUUUUGGUCACUUCAUGUGCCGAUUUGUCACACUCAUGCAGACUGCCACUGUCUUUGCCGCAGUCUUGUCUCUGACCGCAAUCGCAGUUGACCGUUACGUCGUAGUGGCCUAUCCCAUUCGCCGCCGUGGAGGACGGCAUUUCUGCACUGGCUUGGUGCUCAGCAUAUGGCUGUGUGCCCUAGCCAUGUCCACUCCUGCCGCCCUGCACACAGUCUAUCUGGACCUGAGCGCUACAGGUCACCACAUGGCCGUCUGCGAGGAGUUCUGGCAAGGCCAAGAGCUUGAUCGUCUCAUCUACUCCUGCUUCUUCCUCAUCCUGUCCUAUUUCGUCCCUCUGGCAGCUGUGUCAAUAUCCUACUGCGCCAUCUCCCACCACCUCCGGCACAGGGCUGCACCUGGCCUGGUGGCCGCCAUCCCAUCCAACCAGGAGAAAUGGGGCCGCAAAAGGCGUAAGACCUUCCGCCUGCUGCUGGUGUCUGUGCUAUGCUUCGCCUUCUCCUGGCUGCCUUUGCAGGUGGUCAACCUCAUACGUGACCUGGACACUGACUUCAUUAUCCUUAGUAAGAACCAUAUUAACGUGAUCCAGGUUUCAUGCCACUUAUUAGCCAUGAGUUCAGCUUGCUUCAACCCCUUCAUCUACGCCUCUCUGCAUGACAAGUUCCUGGCCUACCUGUGUCGCCACAUGUUCCAAAGAGGGAGGCACCAUCAACCACAGAGCAGCUCCACCACCUCCAGCCGCCUGCCCCGCCAGCACACCAGCACAACUCUAGCUGACAUUCCCAUGGCCGUUGGCAAGAUGCUACAAGACGGAAUCUGAUUUCUCCAAGGAGGCUGGGAACUCAUCUUUGGAUCUACAGAUUGCUCAUUGGCACCAGUGUAGAUGCGUAACUCUGUAAGAAGAUAAACUGUGGAUUUAAACCAUUUAGAACCAGUGAAGUCUUCAAUGCAUCAUGUGUUCUAAGGAACAGGUGGUAGGAAAUGGCAGUAUACAAAGUGGAUAAUACCAUCACCCUGCAAAUGGAGGAAUGAAGCUUUUGAUUACCCAUCCAGGCAGGAAGACCACCAAAACCAGCACUUGAGACUCCUGAAGAUAUAUUCACCUACUGUUUUAAGUUGCUCUGGAUGUUAAACAUAUAAAAAGAAUGUAAAAAUUUAAUCUACAGUUCAAAUGGUAAAAGAGGGGAAAGGAAAGCUCAUUAAAGUGAACAAGGAAGACAGACAACUUUGUAAGCAUAAAAUGAGGACACACUCCUUCCUGGAGUGGUCAUGGCAGUCUGCAGUGAGCAAGACUUUAGAGAAAAUGUACUGUUAAAUCUGUCAUGAUGAGAUUUUAGCUGACGGUUUUCAGAUAAAUAAUUAUUGCUUAUCAUAUGCAGCUAUUAAGUACAAGCCUGAAGUGGCUAAAUUGGCUGAUUAACUUUCUUGCUGCCUGCGUCUCAAUAAAUGUGUUUUGCUUUCUUUUAGUACAUGCAUUUUUACAACCCUACAGAUGACAUUCUGUUUGUUGUGAUGUAAACAUAUCAUUGUAAAAACUAACAACUGUGUUAAAUAACUGCCAUCAGGCAUUUAUAUAAUAACUGUGACAGGCCUACUGCACUACUGUAGGACUAUAAAGAUAUUAAAGCUGAAGAAGUGCUGUCUGUCUGCUUCAGGACAUCCAAGUUCUUGAAAGAGCAUGCAGCAAGUUAUCUUUCAUUUCAUGUAGGCAAAUUUUGAGUAAAGCAACAUGAAUAGCAUGGUUCCCAAUACUUUUAAAUUAUUUUUAAAUAAAAACUAGGCUAGAAACAGGGCAUCUUCCAUCCUGUAAUUGUGUCGGACAGACUACUGACCUGUUUUACAAGAGCUGGACAAAACUGGUGCAUGUUGCAACAUGUUUGCAAUCUACAGCCACCUCCAAGUGUGUUCUCCAACAGAAAAGCUGCAGAAAUAUUCUUUGAGAUGUCCAGAAAGACCAGUGUUGCACAUUGUGCAACUUAUCAUAUAGUCAGCAUUGUGUAACUAGGAAUAGUGUAGGUCUUUUAAGAUCAAAGUGUCCUCUGAAGCACUUGGGCUCCAGACCAUAAACCUGAGGAAAUCUCUGGGGACACAGUCAGAAUUUGUUAGGUAAUGUAGGCAAUGGCUAUGUUUUUAAUGCAACAAGCCAUGGCAUAUCCACCAUACUUGAGAGAUUCUUGUUCGGGGGCCACUAAAUUAGCCAGAUGUUUGUCUUUUCAUCAGAGUCCAGUGUGGGAAAAUUACUGCUGACGCACAUGAACAAAAUACAAACAUGAAGCACACCAGACAAUAUUUUUGUUCUAUAAAUUUAUACCUUUUUGUGUAAAAGGCCAUGUAGAAUAUGUUAAUUGUAUGGAUGCUUGGCAAACAUUGCAUCUGCCACUUGAAAGGACAUUACAGCACUGUGCAAGCUGUUGUGUAUUAUUUGAUAGCACAUGAAAUAAGGCUGUUGCUGAUCAGUGCAGCAUAAUUGUACUAAGUAGCGUCAUCUGCUGUACCUUUUGUCUGUUUAUUGUAUUUGCUUGGCUGCUUUGUAUUGUUACAAACUGCUCACUAUUCACAGGUGCUUUUCACACCGAAUUCAUUAUUGCUUUGCUUUAAUGGACUGUAUUGUAUUUGUAACAACGAACUUGCUCAGUUGGUUUCAUACCAAAGUCAGUACAGCACAUAUACAUGUGUUCAGAUUUCUCUUGUCCUCUAAGGAUUAAAAAGGUGAAGAAUACAAAUAUCAAGAGUCCCAUUUUCUACUUUCAAACUGAACUGGAGUUAGUAAGGCCAGAAACAUACUCAACGUAAUUAAACAAACACAAAUGACCACACCUAGCCAAUGCAUUACAUCCUUCAGGACAAACACAACAUAAGUUCUAAGCAUUACUAUGGCUACAGAGGACAA